UCGUACAGCUGUUUACUAACAAAAACCAAAUUAAAAGACAAAUUUUUACCUAAUUAAAAAAAUUGAACCUAGCUGAAUACAAGCGACUUAUAUUUUGUGAAAGGAAGAUAAACAUAUUCGCAUUGUGUAACAAUGAGCUGGUGCCCGGACAGCGAUCGAUCAGAUGACCUUAGGACCUCGUGGGACAUGUAUGAAGAGUCAGAUAAUAAUUAUGGCCUCAACAAGUUGAAGAUUCGACCAGGAAAAACUCCAUUAGAUGCAGCCGAAUAUGAUGAUGAAGUCGAAGACAUGCCACCUGACGCUAUGGCCGAAUUAAGACUUGAAGCUUAUCGCAGGAAGCUUGGAUUUCCAAAGAAAACUGAGAAAAGCCGAUGGCCCGAUGAUGCAACAGUGGAUGAUUCAUCUGUGGAUUUAGAAAUAUGUAAAAUUAUACGAAACACUGGCUCGGACCGUGAACCACGGAAAAAUCCGCUGAACUCAAAAACAACCAGCAAAACUGCAAUUCCAUUGGACAAGUUUCCAGUUGCCGGUGUUAAGGAUUUAUACUUAACUCCUGAUCAUUUCAAGUUCGGAAAUGUAUAUUUUCAUUCGAAAUCGGAACCGAAAAAGGAAGAAGUGCAUGUGCAGCUAGUCAAGGAAAAUGAUGAUUAUGACAGAACAAAUACAGCCGAGCGUAAAACGUUUAGAGAGCCAAGACGUGGUGUGUCAGGAGAGCAAUAUGUUUCGCCGAGACAAUCAUAUUUGAUGAAAGCGCGUCACAAUCGGUAGAGCACUACAUGCAUCCACUCAUUCGAUCACACUGCGUUUACGUGAUUAUACGGUUUUAGUACUAC